UUUACUUCCGGAGCAAACAGUGACCGUUGAAUGUCAAUAUGUUUACAUACAAUGAAGAGAACAGCCAUGAGAUAUGGCCUAGUUAGAGGAGAAAUCGUGCGAUGAGACAUGCAUUGCACCUUGUGAUAGGCGUCUUGGUGUCAGGACGAAUUUCGUGUGUGUGUUCAGUUAAGAAGCGCGCUGCUGCACGCAGUGUCAUGGACGGACUACAGUCUGUACAGAGCCUCCAUUCAUCAUGCCGACGACACGAACAAGUGCCAGGGUUGCCGGGCCAAUCUAACGACGUGAUAGUGUGUGGCGAUGUCGCAACAGCAAAGAAACAUGUCAUCUUCUUCGGAGGCGAUGUUCAGGAUUAUCCCGAGAGAAUGUCAAAUCAUCGGGAUAACAAGAGGUAUCUUCAGUGGAACUUGGAAAAUACGGCACAAAUUCUCCUGAAAAGAUUUCAAGACAGUGCUGUUUUUGUCGUUAAACCUUCCAGUAUGCAUCUCAACACAUUCAGCGUCUAUUCCAACUUUGUAGAAACAAAUGACUUUGGCAGUCCAACCCACAGCCGUUUCCCACGUGCCUGGAUCCAUUUGAAACCUCUGCAUUGUACUGUAGUGAGUAAAGAACUAGCCAUACACUCGGGUUCAUCUGGCAAGGAGGCGUGUGAUACGGAGGUGCCACUGAUUCUCAUUGGAUUCAGCAAAGGCUGCAUAGUACUUAAUCAGAUGUUAUAUAGCCUGUUAUUGGCUUUAGGAGACCCCAAGACAAAGGAUUUCGUUAACCAGGUUGAAGAAUUCUAUUGGUUGGAUGGGGGCCAUAGUGGAGGCCAUGGCAAUACGUGGAUUUCUGACACGGAGAGUCUACAAAAUCUGAGCCAGCUGAAGACAAAGAUACACGUUCACGUGACUCCGUACCAGGUUCAUGACCCGAUGAGGACAUGGGUAGGGAAAGAAGAAAAGAAGUUUGUGAGCAAGUUGAAGAAAUUUGGUGCUGAUAUAACAGAGACUCUUCACUUUGACGAUUUACCUCCAUCAAUAGAAAACCAUUUUGGGGUGCUCAAAGAAUUUUGAUAAGUAUGGACAGUUUGUGAUAACGCCUCUAUAAUAUGUUGUGAUGAUUAUGUCUCUAGUCUGUAUGAAAAACAGUCUUGUCUACUUGCCUGAACCUGUCUUGUGUAGAAUUUUUACAGUAGAAAUUAGUAUUAACAUAUAUGAACUAUCAGUAGCUCAGCUUACCAUGCUUGCCAGACUAAAAUAAUUUUUUCUUGACUUGGAAUUUUUACUGGUGGGUAUAGGUGUAGAAUGUAUAAAUACAAGCCGUCAUUGAACAUUGGCUGGGAUUAGUAGGGAUAAGUAGAUUGGUGGAGAUGGAUAGCCCAAUUAUCUAAGGUGCUGUAAUUUGCUGUGCAGAAAUAUGUCCCUUGGCAUGCCAGAGACCUAUGAUUGUUGGUUCAAACCCUGGUUGCUCUGAUUAUGUGUCUAGGUUUGUCAGCACCAGCACAUGUUCGUGGGUUUCAUCAAUGUGGUUAACGUCUGAGACCUGCGUC